AUGACCAAGCAACAGAAACUUGACCACAAAGUCGAUUCCAAUGACAAGGACCACGAUAAGGAUCCAAAAUCAGACAAUGGGAUCCUUCUUACCAUCUUUCUGGCGCUCCUGAUCGACAUUCUUGCCUUUACCAUAAUCCUUCCAUUGUUGCCAAGAAUUCUUGAAUAUUAUGACCGUGUGGAUGGAUCCAACCCAGAAACAUCAUAUUUCAUGGUCAAAUCCGCUGUGAGAGCUUUUCGAACAUCUAUCGGUGGAACGGGAUCAGAGCUGGAUAUAGUUCUAUUUGGAGGCAUUUUAGGAUCGCUGUUCUCCUUUCUUCAGUUCGUUUCUAGUCCAUGGAUUGGAAAAUGGAGUGAUACGUAUGGACGAAAGCCUGUGCUCUUGGUCAGCAUGAUCGGCAAUGGACUAUCUAUGAUAUUAUGGACCGUCUCAAACUCCUUUCCACUAUUCGUCUUGUCUCGUGUUGUGGGAGGCUUGACUGAGGGAAACGUUCAAAUGUCUAUAGCAAUGAUAUCGGACAUAACCACACCACGUACUCGUUCUCGAGGUUUGGCUCUCGUUGGGAUUGCAUUCGCAUUGGGCUUUACAGUCGGACCUCCUCUUGGCGCAUACUUUGCCAACAUAGAUUUAAGGCAUAUACCAGCCUUGAGAUCACUACCACUAUCCGCAUAUGCAUCUCCAGCACUGUUUGCUCUCGUAUUACUCGUAAUUGAAACCAUAUAUUUAUACGCCUGUCUUCCCGAAACGCUUGGACGCAAGCGUCCAUCUAAGAAGGACGAAGGUGCCAAGUCACCUCCAUCUCCAUCAACCAACUCAGUAUCUAUCGAGACUCUAUCGCUGCUCCACUUUUUUUAUUUAUUUAUAUUCUCAGGGAUGGAGUUCACAUUAACCUUUUUGGUGCACGACCGAUUCUCCUUCACGCAUGCCCAACAAGGUGCUUUGCUGGGAUUCAUCGGGAUAUUGUCUGCAUUCAUUCAGGGAGGGUAUGUGAGACGUCUGGGACCUGGACAUGAGGGUAUGCUUGUGGUUAGAGGAAUGGUGGGAUGCUGUGCCGCCCUGGUAUUGCUGUCGAUUGCCAAUAGCGUACAAGUACUGUAUUUAUCAGCUGUAGGAUUCGCAUUUGCUAGUGGUACUGUAGUUACUUCUCUUACCAGUCUGGCCAGUCUUGCGUGUGGCAAGGUAGAAAUGCUUGAAGAUGGUGAAGGGAUGGGUAGUGCUCUAGGACGAUUCCGAGCAUAUGGUCAGCUAGGUCGUAGUUUAGGGCCUGUCGCAGCAUGUAGUGCUUACUGGUUGUUGGGAUCCACUCGCUGCUAUAUAAGUGGUACUUGUUUGAUGGGAGGGCUCCUUAUGCUCGGUCUCAACACAUUGUUGUAA